AUGGCAGUCGGAACCAUCUGGAUCGGCACGGGCGUGUGCGUCGGAGUCGGCGUACUUCUGUGCAUGAUCCUUCCCUUCAUUCUUCUGCGCCCUGAGAACACGCGGAACAUUUCCAAAAAGGAAAUGAUCGGGCUCAUGAUCACCCUCGUCACGACAGCCAUGGUUUGCCUCUGGAUGUUCUGGGUUUGCGCAUAUGUGGCACAGAUGCACCCGUUGAUCUAUCCAGAGAGACCGAAGGAAGAAGGCACCUACAACCUCGAUGAAGGAACACUGUAG